AUGGGUGUGCAGGGUAUCUUUGAAAAAAAUAGAAUUUCUGAGGAGAAGCAGGAAGAGGACAACGACUAUCACCGGAGCCACGAGCAGGUAAGCAUCUGCCUGGAGUGUAACAGCAGCAAACUCCGGGGCUUCAAGCGCAAGAGGAUCCGCUGCUCGGCCCAGGCCACCGUCUUACACCUAAAGAAGUUCAUCGCCAAAAAGCUGAACCUCUCGUCUUUCAACGAGCUGGACAUCUUAUGCAACGAGGAGAUCCUGGGCAAGGACCACACCCUCAAAUUCGUCGACGUCACCCGGUGGAGGUUCAAGAAAGCCCCGCUGCUACUGCACUACAGACCCAAGAUGGACCUGCUCUGAGCGCAGGCCUCGGCCACACCACGGACUCUGCCCGCCCCGGGCACCCCAAGGACCCACCACACGGGGACCAGACUUCUGAAUAGAGAAUAUUUAUAACUUUUUGUACGAGAGAGAAUUCGCAACUCAGCCAGACACGACCAGCACCGUGUUUACAGACGACGAAGACACUUCACAGCCCUCGUCGCCGAGAGCCCCCUUGCCCUGCCUGCGCCGGGCAGCGGCGUGGCCCCCCUGGAAGGAGCGCGUCUCCACACCGACCACCUUUGCUUGCUUUCCAGGUCUUGACCAGAGU